AAUACUAAUCACAUCAUCAUCAUCAUCCAGAGAGAGAGAGAGUCGGAGAUAAACCGUAUAAUAAUGUCCAUGAAACAAGCCAACAGCCGCAAACCCGGCGGCGGGGGGGGAGGAGGAGGCGGAGGAGGAGCGGGGGGGAGACAGUCCGCCGGCAGAGGGCGCAGUGGUGGAAAAGGACCUCCACAGUCUUCUAUCCCGUAUGAUGGAAUCUAUGCAAACAUGCGUAUGGUCCACAUUCUUACUUCAGUUGUAGGUGCAAAAUGCGAACUAAAAGUGAGGAAUGGAGGAAUAUAUGAAGGCGUUUUUAAAACCUACAGUCCCAAGUGUGAUUUGGUGCUUGAUGCUGCUCACCGGAAGAACACUGAAUUCAGCUCGCGUGACCCUGGGCCCAAGCGAGAAGACAUUGUGGAAAGCAUCAUUUUUAAAUCUGCAGAUGUCGUAAUGCUGCAUUUUAAAGAUGUCGAUUUAAAUUAUGCACGAAGAGUUCCAUCUGAAACAGAUGCUUUCACGGAUGCUGCCAUCGGCUCUAGAGUAAACGGUGAGCACAAAGACAAAGAUCUAGAACCGUGGGAUGGUGGCGAAAGCACCAGUGAAGAUUUGGAAACCUUGGAGUCUGAUGUGUCUAAUGGUUGGGAUCCCAAUGACAUGUUCAGAUUUAAUGAGGAGACGUAUGGAGUGAGAUCAACCUAUGACAGCAGCUUGUCCUCCUAUACAGUACCCCUGGAAAGGGAUAAUUCUGAAGAAUUUCUAAGACGGGAGGCCAGAGCGGCUCAACUUGCUGAGGAGAUUGAAUCCAGUGCCCAGUAUAAGGCAAGAGUUGCUUUAGAAAACGACGAAAGGACAGAGGAAGAGAAAUAUACUGCGGUUCAGAGAACUCCUGGCGAAAGAGAGAGGGAGAGUCAUGGUGUGAACUCCAGAGAAAAUAAAUACAUUCCACCAGGCCAGAGGAACAGGGAUUGGGGGAGCACACGUCAGCAUUCACCAAGGAUCGGACAAUCUGGCCCACCAUCUUCCCGGGCUGGGUCACACACCCCAGAUUACAGCCCUAAUCCUGGAAGCGACCAAAGAGUUGUUAACGGAGGUGUUUCCUGGCAACCGCCUUGCCAAUCUCCUUCCUCACGCCCACCUUCUCGAUACCCGUCAAGCCCCAACUCUCUUCCACCUCGAGCAGCCACUCCUACCAGGCCCCCCUCCAGGCCCCCCUCACGGCCUUCAAGGCCCUCGUCUCACCCCUCUGCUCACGGUUCUCCAGUUCCUGUCUCUACUAUGCCUAAGCGCAUGUCUUCAGAAGGUCCUCCACGGAUGUCGCCAAAGGCCCAGCGUCACCCCCGACACCGCGGUUCCUCUACCCGGGGAGGGAUGUCCUCGGGCUCGGAGUUUGUCCCUCACAGUGUGUCUGGAGACAUUUCUGCCCCCGUUCCUCGAAACAGUCCUUCAGGAGGGACAUGGUCGUCUGUUGUUAGUGGAGGAUCAAGUUCCCGUUUGUCUCCCAAGACACACCGGCCCCGGUCUCCCCGGCACGGCAACCCGCCUCCUCAGUUUAACACUGGAGGUGCUUCGAGUGGGAUGAUCCUGUCUUCCCCUCAGCCUGGCAGUGGUCCAUCCGAUCCUGUAACCAUGCCGACCACUGCAGUGUCUCCUGCCCCAGCCAGCCCUGCCCCGAACAGGGCUGUCACCCCUUCAGCCGAGGCUAAAGAGACCAGACUCCAGGAGCAAAAGCAGAGCUCGCCUUCUGCUAACAAAGAGGGUGCCAAGCCCAUUGAGGCGUCCGCAACAUCUAACUUCAGCAAACCAGGAAAUAAAAUUGCACCGCCAAUGGCUCUGGACCAUAAAAAGCGGAUUGCAGACUUGAAGAAAUUCAGGGACGAUUUUAGGUUGCAGACGACUCCUUCUCCAGACCCAGCGGUGGAUCAGUUCUUAAACAAGUCCCGAGAAGCUGGAGAUAACCAACCCAAAGACCCGAUCAAGGAGAAGAUGGCAGUGAGUGAGGCAGUUGCCAAGGAGUCUGCCAGUGAGAGCAGCUCCAAUGCUAACACCAGUAGUGCCAGCAGCAAGCCCAGCAGCCCCAGCACUUCUCCCAAUACUGUCAGCGCCGAGCAGAAGAGAGGCCCAGAUGUGACGUCCCAGGCCGUGCAAACCACCUCCCCAAACAGUAAACCAGAGAAAGAGGAGAAGGAAGAGAAGAAGGAAGGGACCCCAGAACAAGUUAGAAAAUCUACAUUGAAUCCCAACGCUAAAGAGUUCAACCCCAAAACCUUCUACACGCCUCCAAAACCAACGACCACCCCCACCCCGCCUCGCCCGCAGGCCCAGCCCAGCCCAUCCAUUGUGGUGCAGCAGCACCCACCCACUGUGUACAACCAGACCACCAUGUGCUUCACUCCGAACAUGGUCUACCCUGUACCUGUCAGCCCCGGAGUGCAGACUACGCACAUGUACCAUGUCCCCAUGACUCCCAUGUCAAUCAACCAAGCCAAGCCAUAUAGAGCAGUACCAAACAUGCCACAGCAGCGACCAGACCAGCAUCACCCUCAGGGCACUCCAACCAUGAUGCACCCAGUUAGUGCGGCCGGCCAGAUCGUCUCAACUGCUCCAGCUUACUCCCAGUAUCUCACUUACAACCCUCAGCAGUUUACUAACCAGCCCUUAGUUCAGUCUGUCGCACACUAUCAUCAGUCUCAGCCUCAGAUGUACAGCCCAGUGAUGCAGACUAAUGCUCGAAUGAUGGCACCGCCUGGUCAUGGGCAACCUGGGAUGGUCCAGUCCUCCACGCCACAAUAUGCUACAGCUGAACAGACGCACACCAUGUACGUCUCUCCUGGCCCAAUCCAUCAGCAGUACGCACCCCAUCCAACUGCAACUCUGCACCCCCAUCCUUCGCACCCACAGCCCUCUGCGACCCCAACCGGACAACAGCAGCAGCAAGCACAGCAUGCCGGCAGCCACCCAGCCCAAAGCCCUGUGCAGCAUCAGCACCAGCACCAAGCUCAAGCUCUUCACCUCGGCAACCCGCAGCAGCAGCAAGCGAUCUACCACACCACGCUGGCCCCCACCCCUCCCUCCAUGGCACAAGGUCCCAACCCCCAGUCUCCUCAGACCAGCUUCCCGUCAGCCCAGCAAGCCGUCUACACGCUCCACCCCCAGCAGGUGCAGCACGGAUACUCCAACGCACCUCACAUGGCACACGUCCAGCAGGCACACGUUCAGUCUGGAAUGGCCCCUCCUGGGCACCACCCUGCCCCCACCCACCCUCCCAUGAUGUUGAUGCAGGCCCAGCCGCCGGGUGGGCAUCAAGCUGGCAUCCCUCAGAGUGCCCUGCCGCCCAUUCCAGUCUCCUCAGCUACACACUUCUCCUACAUGGCCCACCCACAGGUACAAGCCCAUCACCAGCAGUUAUAGAACUGCCCCGCAGUAACCAAAAGGCUAAGGAAAUUAAUGCCGGAUGCCCUUUUCCCACCCAAAACCUGGAACCAGAAGCACAGAGUACUAGAAUCUUUCCUUCUGCUCAAUCUGUCACGUAACAUCCAGUGGAAAAGUUUCUUGCGAGGGGCUGAAGCUGGAUCCGAAGAGAAGAAAAUCUGAACCAAGUGGAAGUUUCUGGAACCCCAUCGUCUCCAACCAACAACCCUACAUAACACCUCUUCCCCCCACCCCCAAAAAAAAUCUGCUUUCCUCUGAUAACUGGAACGUAUUUAUUUUGCCUGAACCCUUCUAAGUUAUGAACUUCUCAAAACGGUGAAAGAACUAAUAAUAAGAUUGUUUAUUGCUGCUGCAAAACCAUCCAGAAAUCCUUUUUUUUUUGCUUCUAACCAAACUUGAACUCCAUCUUGUAACGAAAGUCUGGUUGUGAACUGGUGGAUUAUUUAUGAAUAGAGGUUGAUGGAGGCGGUCGCUGUCACCAGACAGUGUGUAACUUUUAAGUUAAAAACUUUUACUUUGUAGAUAAUAUAAAA